AUGGCACAACUGAGGGCGGGCGCCGGCUCUGUGGGCGCCGGCUCUGUAGGCGUGCGCACCAACUUCCAUUUCGAACUCGUUACGACUCCCACCUCAGAUACCCCAGGCACGACCCUACUUCUGCACUUCGCGACGAAGAGAUAUCUUCUUGGAGAGAUCACCGAGGGGACACAGAGGGCAUGUAUACAACGUGGGGUCGGGCUGAAAAAGGUUCGAGGUCUCUUCCUCGCGGGCAAGACACAUUGGAACAACGGAGGGCUGAUUGGCAUGAUCCUUAGCCUGGCUGAUGUCCAGCAAUCCGAGCUGGAUGAAGACGGUGUCAAGCGUCCGAGACUGGACAUACACGCAGGUCCGAUGCAAUUGCACUCGCUGGCAUGUGCGAGGAGAUUUGUCUUCCGGACAGGGAUGCCGUUGUCGGUGCAUGAGGUUGAUAUCCGCAAGACCACCACCGACCCACAGCCUAUUCAUGAAGAUGAAAAUAUCCGCGUAUGGUCACUUCUGACUCAAGAUGCCUCUAACAACAUUGAUGGCGUCGCAAUCGAUGAAGCGCAGUUGGAAAUCGAGCAGGAGAUUCGGAAGAAAGUCGUCAAUAACAUGUUCGAUUCGGAUUGGAGACGGGAUCAACUAUUCCAAUCCAAGCUGAAGGACAUCAAGCUUCCUGCCGUUGUCUACGUGCGCGAUCCAGAGACAAAGACGCUAGUCUCUUACCCAGUCCUUGACCUCGAUACGACGCCGCUCUCACCAGACUCUGAUGUCCUCCAUCGCAAUCCCUGGCCUGCCUCCACUGUCGGAGAGCUACCCCCAGCAUUCGGUCUGUCUCGUGGUGCGGCAAUGUCGUAUAUCGUCAAGGGCCACCCCCAACGCGGGAGUUUCGAUGUGAAAAAAGCCAUAGCCUUAGGUAUGAAACCUGGCCCGAAGUUCGCACAACUGGCAGCAGGUAGAUCGGUCGAGAGCGAUGAUGGUACUGGCACAACGAUUACUCCGGAGAUGGUCCUAAGCCCAACUCGACCCGGGAGAGGUCUUGCCUUGUUCGACGUACCCUCUGUCGUCCAUCUUGAUGAUCUUGUACGGAACCUGAACAAGCAGACGGACCAGCUUUUGGAUGGUGUAGAAGCCGCGGUCUGGAUCACCCGGCAAGAUGUCGUAGGGACCGAGCAAUUUCAAAGUCUACUGCAUCGACUGGGGCACAUGAGGCACAUCAUCUCGGAUGCGUCCCUCUGCAAUGACCACAUUACUCAUGAUUCCAGCGCCUUAUCUUCAAGCCAGCUAGCUCAAAUCGCCCCAAAUCUAUUCUCGGUUCCUCGUUUCGACAACUCAAAAGCGUAUCGUCCUGCGCUGGAUAAAUAUGGGGCCGAGUUACGCUCCUUAGUUGCCGAUCCACAGGUCGUCCUGGCAAAAAGAGGCUUAAAAGUGCAAAUCGAGCCAACUUUCGCCAUCGACGAGAAAGAGGUAGCUUCGAACCUCGACUCUGCCUCGUUCGCGACUGUUCUAGAACCAGCGGUCCAAGAAUUGCUACAGGACGAUAUAUCUUCGUACCGGGCUGCAACUUCGGCUUUCGUUCCAGGUGCGGACUUACAAGAACCAGAGAUCAUUACUCUGGGGACCGGUUCUGCAGCUCCUUCAAAAUAUCGCAAUGUCUCAGCAGUACUUUUACGCAUGCCGCAAGGCAUGGGGAACUACCUGUUCGAUUGCGGAGAAGGCACCCUUGGUCAGUUGAAGAGACUGUACGACGUACAACAACUGGACGACGUUUUGUUCAACUUGCGAGCAAUAUGGAUUUCUCACCUUCACGCCGAUCAUCAUCUCGGCACUCUUUCGGUGCUGAAAGAGGUGCACAAGACCGUGGGCAGACUGGCCGGAUCGGAGAGUGUGUCUCUAUCGCCACCUUACCUGCUCUCCGAGAUCAACAUGUUGGACUACGUAGAUGAGUACCAGUCCGUGCUGGGGCUGCCAACCAACGCACUUUGCACGCCGAUACCUUGCAACUCCUUUAAGGGGUUGUCGCACCGUGGAGAGCCCUUUGACAUUGGGCAGCACGACUCUUACAUCAAAGAAUGGCGGACUGUGCAGGUUAAUCACUGCCAUGGAGCGCAAGCCGUCUCGGUCACGUUCAAGAAUGGAUUCAAAUUCUCCUACAGUGGCGACUGUCGACCGAGUGAGAAUUUCUGCGAAAUUGGUGCCGACUCGGAUGUUCUUGUACACGAGGCAACAUUUGACGAUGGCAUGGAAGGAGAUGCAAAGGCCAAGAAACACAGUACAACGGGUGAAGCCGUCGGCGUUGCGCUGAGAAUGCGCGCAAAGAAUCUCAUCCUAACGCAUUUCAGCCAGCGGUACCAGAAGAUACCCGUAUUCAGCAGUGUCAAGAUGCCCGAGCGCGUAUCUGAGGAGGAUCUUCUGGAUGAUGUGGAUGCUGAGAUGACCAACGGCACCGUCCCUAUAAAUGAUGAUGGUGCCGAUGAGCGUCCGCGAAAGCUCGCUCCUACAUUAUCGUCGUCCUCCUGGGUUGAAGCCGAUGCUGCGCGUGAGCUUCCUGUUGCUGUGGCGUUUGACCUCAUGCGCAUCAAGGUCUCGCAGAUUAAAGACAUGAGAAGACUCUUUCCGGCCAUAUCCAAGAUGUUCGAGAUUGAGGAGGAGAAACGAGAGAAGGCCCGCUGUGACACUGCUGAACAGGUCAAGAUUGAGGAAGAAAAGAAACGUGCCGCGAGACAGGAGUCGAUGUCGAAGAACAGGAAGAAGAAAGACGAACUAAAUCGAGCGAAGCAGAUGGAGGCAAAUAACAAGACGAGUAAGAAGACCAAGAGAAAAGCCAGUGGACCAGCAGUUGACCAUGCGGAGCAGACUCGGACGACGCAGGCGCAGGCUCCAGGAGAGAAGGGUGAGCGUGCAAUAGCAAACGGUGCCACUGAGCCAAGGAACGUGAACGGCAGCGGUGUCGAUGCAGGUGAGAACGCCGUCUCCAGCGUCACGGCGACUGCCACAGGCGUCCAGAUUGGCAAUGGCGCGAAGGCGAACAGGCAGGAUGACCCAGCCCAGAAUCCACACCGAUUAGGCUCCGCCCCUAAGAAAUGGGAACCUCAUGAUGCCACCGCAGUCAAGGAGCACGAGGUCCAGAGUCCGGCGAAGCGGCGCAAGACUGAGUGA